ACGAGGGAGUCAUCCCAGCUAAGCUCAGAAGGGCAACUCCCGCCCUAGAUGGCGUCCGCCUCUCCUCUGGUGCAGGAGAGCCACGCGGGCCACCAGCUGCUGCACGAUGCCGCUGCUUUGAGCCCUGAAAGAAUCGACAGCACCGGGACCUCCCGCUGACUCACACACCCCUUUACUUGGCUUCACGCUCGGCCAGAGGUUAAAGGCAAGGACCCCAGAGGGGCUGCCCACUGAACGCCUGAAGGACCCCGCUUGGGCUGGCUAGGAAGAAGCCUGGUGGCAGAGCCACGCUGUUGGAGGACUAGGCGAAUCCGCACCCGCAGUUCAGCUGGACUGGGGCUCCGAAUAGCACAGAAUCUGGACUUUGUCCCGGUUCCGCAGUUGGUGGGAGAGCAGGAUCGGGUGGAGGGCCUUUGCAGCAGAAGCACAUGUUCUACCCUUGUGGCCCGGCCAUUGAGAAGCGAGCAGGACAGCGGGAUGACCUCAAUCUUGCGAAGCCCGCAGGCUCUGCAGCUUACCCUGGCCCUGAUCAAGCCUGAUGCAGUCGCUCACCCACUGAUUCUGGAGGCCGUUCAUCAGCAGAUUCUGAGCAACAAGUUCCUUAUUGUGCGAAUGAGAGAGCUCGCGUGGCGGAAGGAAGACUGCCAGAGGUUCUACCAGGAGCACAGAGGGCGUUUUUUCUAUCAGCGGCUGGUGGAGUUCAUGGCCAGUGGGCCCAUCCGAGCCUACAUCCUCGCCCAUAAGGACGCCAUCCAGCUCUGGAGGACGCUGAUGGGACCCACCAGGGUGUUUCGGGCACGCCAUGUGGCCCCAGAUUCAAUUCGUGGGAGUUUCGGCCUCACCGACACCCGCAACACCACCCAUGGUUCUGACUCUGUGGCUUCAGCCAGUAGAGAGAUCGCAGCCUUCUUCCCUGACUUCAGCGAGCAGCGCUGGUAUGAGGAGGAGGAGCCCUGGCUGCGCCGUGGCCCCGUGCACUACAGCCCAGAGGGCGGCGUGCACCGCGCAGCUGGCGCGGGAGCCCGAGACAGGCCUGUCAGUCUGUGAAGACUGGUGGCACGGCCAAGGCUUUUUCCUGAGCCCUCCUGUCCAGCGCGUUCUCCUAAGACCAGGGAGGCCUGGGGCUCAUGGUGCCCUCUCCGCUAGGCACCGCCACCUGCCUGAGUGCCUGGCUCCUCACUGCCACCGCGCCUAGAAUUUGACUCUGACUACCUCUCCUUUGGACUGUUUGUCGGUGGCUUGGAGGAAUAAUGCUUCAUCUUCCUUCUGAAAACUGUCCAUCCUUUUUUAAGCAGGAGCUUGCCUCCUUGACUCUGCUGAGACUCUCAGUGAGCCCCUGGGGCCCGUCUUCCUCAGAGCAAGUCAGCAGUCAAGGCUGGGAGCGCUGCGCCGGGUGCCUUCUCUCCAUCCUUAAUGGAGCCGUUAGUAAUUAAACCCGCCCUGAAGCCAGAUUUUCCCCCACAUUCAGUAGAGAAAGGUUGUGUGGAAAUCUCCCACGAGGCCCACACACACAGGGUGCAGCUUCGCUGUGCGUAAAGGCGCCGGAGACAAAGCUGAGUGCGGGCUCAGCCCCAGGCUGCGCGUCUGGCGCGGGCUGCAGCUGGAGGAAGGGGACGUUCUGGUUUUGAACAAAGGGGUGUCUGCCCAGUGGAGGAAUUUUGGGGGGUGUUUUUUAUUAUUGAUUUUUAGGGAGAGAGAGAAACAUCGAUUGUUGUUCCACUUACAUAUUCAUUGGUUGUCUUUUGUAUGUGCCCUGACCGGGGAGUGAACCCACAACCCUGGAGUAUCAGGACAGUGCUCUAACCAACUGAGCUACGAGACCAGGGUUUUUAUCAGGCAUGUUUUUAUGAUUCCCUUUUUUUUGGUGAUUGGCAGAAAGCCACUAAAGGUAGUCAUGUUCUUGUUGUAGCUGAGGAUGACAGUUACCAGUUACUUCAUGAAGAAGCACCCCAAAAUGUAGCAGCUUAAACCCAUAAUGCUUUCCGCUGAUGUGUCUGUCUGUUGGCUGGGUGGUUCCACCAGUGUCACCUGUGCUGGCUCAUGUGGCCACACUCAGCGGUGGGUCCAACGCACUCUUUUGUCUUGAGCUUCUUCACAGUAUGGUUGUUUCAGGGUUCCAGGAAGGCAGGCCCCCUCUUCACAAGCUUAGGAAGCUUCUGUUUGUGUCAUGUUCGCUAACAUCCCAUUGGCCAAAGCAAGUCACAUGACCACACACAGAGUCCAUUUGGGAAGGACCCGAAUGAGAACAUGGAUACUGGGUGGUGCGAAUUCUUGGAAGCCAUUACCAUGACAAGCUACAACACUGGGGCUAGUGAAGAGCUUUGAAUUGAUGUAGAAUUUACAAAAACAAAUAUUUGCACAAACCAACAAAGGAGAUGAAGCAAUAGCGAUAGAUUAAGAAGGUCCAAGUCCAAAUUCUAGGUUCAAUGUACAGGUAACAAAGUCCUGGGCCAGGUCCAGUGUCCAAGUCUAAUGUCAGGUGCAAAGUUCCAGGUCAAAUCCUUGUCUAAGUUUCAGGCUUAAUGUUUGGGAGUAGGUCAGAGUUCAGGACUAAGUUGAUGUCCACAUCAAAAACAAAUGAAUUAAGAAAACAAAUGAAUUAAUCAAAAAACAAAUGAAUAAAAUAUUUUUAAAAAAAGAAGAAACCAGAACAUCUCUCCAAGUGUUGUUUUUUUUUAAGUUGGGCUCUCAAGUAGAAGAAAACUUUUUUCAUUUUAAUUAUUUUUAGAGAGAGGGGAAGGGAAGGAGAAAGGGAGAGAAACAUCAAUGUGUGGUUGCCUCUCCAGCACCCCCAAAUGGGGACCUGGUCCACAACCCAGGCACAUGUUCCCUGACUGGGAAUUGAAUUGGCAACCCUUUGGUUCAUAGCCCACGUUCAAUCCACUGAGUUACACCAGCCAGGGUAGAAGAAAACACUUUCAUCAAAGUUAAAACCAGCUCGUUUUCACCGGUAGUGGGUCUUUGGCUUUAGAAUGUAAACAAUUUUAGGCAAAUUCGUUGUCUAAGAUUUCUU